AUGAUCUUCCUGGUUCUGUUUGUCUGGACUGUGCCUUGCAUCGCUGAUCAUCUUCUCAGUAGCUUUGUCAAAGCAGAAAACCAGAAAGGCUCCCGGCAACUUGUCUGCAGCAUGCCAGGGCCACAAGGCCUUCCGGGACCGUCAGGACCUCCUGGUUCUCCUGGGACUAUGGGAAGGAUGGGCUUCCCAGGAAGAGAUGGACAGGAUGGAAAGGAUGGGGAGAAAGGAGAGGUGGGAGAAGAAGGUCCAGAAGGCAAAGCAGGAAACUCAGGCAAACCAGGGUCAAAGGGACAAGCCGGAGCCAUUGGCAAAGCUGGUCCUCGUGGUCCAAAGGGUCUCAAAGGAAACCCUGGGAAAAAUGGGGCACCAGGAAAGAAAGGCCCCAAAGGAGUGCGGGGGGACAUUGGGCUGCCAGGGCCCUGCAGCUGUGGGGCCAGUAAAGCCAAGUCAGCCUUCUCCGUUGCGGUGACCAAAAGCUACCCAAGGGAAAGACUGCCCAUAAAGUUUGACAAGAUCCUGAUGAAUGAAGGCGAACAUUACAACGCUUCCAGUGGGAAAUUUGUAUGCCGUAUCCCCGGCAUCUACUACUUUACCUAUGACAUCACUUUGGCCAAUAAACAUUUGGCUAUCGGGCUGGUGCAUAAUGGACAGUACCGGAUAAAAACGUUUGAUGCCAACACUGGUAACCACGACAUAGCUUCCGGAUCAACUAUUCUUUCUCUGAAACAAGAUGAUGAGGUCUGGCUGCAGAUCUUCUACUCAGAACAGAAUGGACUCUUUUACGAUCCCUACUGGACAGACAGCCUUUUUACUGGCUUUCUGAUAUAUGCCGACCAGGAUUACAUCAAUGAAAUAUGA